AUGGAAAAACAGCCCUACGGGUCAAGUAACAGCCGCCGUGUGCCCUGGCCAGGACUGCUGAUAAAUGAUGAAAAGUGGCUUUGUGGGGCCCCCCCCCCGCCCCCCCCGCCCCCCCCGCCGCCGGUGCUCCCCGGCGAGCUGCGGCAGGUGACCCUGCGGCGGAGCAAAGCCCACGAGGGUCUGGGCUUCAGCAUCCGCGGCGGGGCCGAGCACGGCGUGGGUAUCUACGUGUCCCUGGUGGAACCGGGCUCCCUGGCCGAGCGGGAGGGGCUGCGAGUCGGUGACCAGAUCCUGGGGGUCAACGGCAAGUCCUUGGACCGGGUGACCCACGCCGAGGCCGUCAAGGUACUGAAAGGCUGCAAGAAGCUGAACCUGUCUGUGCAUUCGGUGGGACGCAUCCCGGGGGGCUAUGUCACCAACCACAUCUACACCUGGGUGGACCCGCAGGGCCGGAGCGUGUCCCCGCCGGUGGGCCUGCCGCACCACCAGAACAGCUCCCUCCGCAAGGACGGCGAGAAGAGGAGCCACCUCCAGCUCCUGCAAGAGGGAGAUGAGAAGAAGGUGAAUCUGGUCCUGAAUGAGGGGAAGUCCCUGGGCCUCAUGAUCCGAGGAGGGGCAGAGUAUUCCCUGGGCAUCUACAUCACCGGUGUGGAUAAAGGCUCUGAAGCAGAGAGCACUGGCUUAAAGGUAGGAGACCAGAUCCUGGAGGUGAACGGCAGGAGCUUCCUCAGCAUCCCCCACGACGAGGCGGUGAAGCUGCUCAAAUCUUCCCGCCACCUCAUCAUGACAGUGAAAGACAUCGGGAGGCUGCCCCAUGCCCGCACUACCGUGGACGAGACCAGGUGGAUAGCAAGCUCCCAGAUCGGAGAGACCCUCGUCAAGUCAGCAGGGGCAGUGGGCGAUCAUGCUGCGGAGGCGACAGCCAGGCCUGUGUUUUACCGGGGCUUGGCUGGCUCCCAGGUAACGCUGAGCAGCAUGGUGAACCAGACCCGAGUCAUGCUGGAGGAACAGGCCCGGCACCUGCUGAAUGAACAGGAGCGGGCGACCAUGGCGUACUACCUUGACGAGUAUAAGGAAGGCAACAUCUCCGUGGAUGCUCUGGUCAUGGCACUCUUUGAGCUACUCAACACACAUGCUAAGUUCUCACUGCUUUCAGAGGUGCGGGGUGUGAUCUCCCCGCAAGACCUCGACCGCUUCGACAACCUGGUCCUGAAGAGAGAGAUCGAGUCCAUGAAGGCUCGACAGCCCUUGGGGCCCAGUGUCGUCACCGACUCCUACUCUAUGAUGUCCUACAGCGACACCGUCUCUUCCUCCAGCAGCCACUUCACCGCCACAACCGUCAGCUCAGCCCGGGAGCGGCUCUUGUGGCUAAUAGACCUGAUGGAGAACACAUCAGAAUUGGAGGGAGGUGGAGAUGGCCACCAAAGCAGCAUCAACACCCUGCCGGACAUCUCCCUGGAUGAUCUCUCCUCCUUCCCAGAUGAACCACCCAACUUCAAGCCUCCGCCUCCUCCUUCAGUCCCUCAGAUGCUGGACCCCUCUGCUGCCCAGCACAGGAACCCAGGCAAAGACAAGCCCAAGCGCCCUUCCUCCGAGUCCUCUCAGUCAGGCCUCUUCUUCGUGGCCCCCCGAAACCCCACGCCCCCUCCUAGCCACCCCGAGAAGGACACAGUCAGCAUGACCUCCACUGCUACCACAUCCACCGAGGAGUCUGCCCCAAGCGCUAUCUAUGCUACCAUUUCCCCAGCCCUGCACAGCUCCAGGAGGCAAAUGGAUGCCCAGCUCUCCUUGGUCAGCCAGCACCCCAUCGGUCCCUUCCCCAGGGUCCAGUCCCCAACGAGGUUGAAGACCCCACCCCCGGAGGGUCCCGCAGCCGGUGGGUUUCAGAACCCCCCUUCCCCAUCCCCUCCCCCGCAGGCCGUGGCCAACCAGCAUUUCAUCCUGGUGGAGGUGCACCAACCCAACAGUGAGCCCGACGUCAAUGAAGUGAGGCCCUUGCCCCAGGCCAGAGCCUCCACGCUCUCCCAGCUGUCGGACAGCGGGCAGACCCUCAGCGAGGACAGCGGGGUGGACAUCGGGGAGGUCGAGAUGAGCGGCAAGGACAAGAGCCGGCAGCCGGUCCCUGGGAAAAGCCGAAGCCUCAAGGAGGCUGCGAGGAGCGAGGGGACAGCAGAAGGGGCCUCCAAGCCGCCGGGGCUCCUGGAGCCCACAUCGUGUCUGAUCCGAGUGUCCAAGAGCGCGCCAACCUUGGGGAUCGCCAUCGAGGGUGGAGCAAACACGCGGCAGCCACUGCCCCGCAUCGUCACCAUCCAGCGCGGAGGUUCGGCACACAACUGCGGGAAGCUGAAGGUGGGCCACGUCAUUUUGGAAGUGAAUGGCACGGGGCUACGGGGCAAAGAGCAUCGGGAAGCCGCCCGUAUCAUCGCUGAAGCCUUUAAGCUGAAGGAAAAGGACUACAUUGAUUUCUUGGUCACAGAAUUCAACGUCGCCCUUUAG